AUGUCUUCAUCGCCUUUCAUUGUGACGGAGCACACCGUCGAUACCCAAUAUAUACGCGAAUAUCCUCGAGCUACGACGACUCAAGACGCUCCACUAAAGCUGAUUGUCAAGAAAUAUACCCCAGUUGAUAAUCUCGAUCCCCAACCUGGGGACGUGACACUUGUUGGAUUCCACGGGGCUGGAAUACCCAAGGAGCUAUAUGAACCAUUAUGGGAGGAAAUACUAGCCAGAUGCAAGCGCGACAAAAUUGGGGUCCGCGCCAUCUGGUUCGCCGAUGCUGCCAAUAAAGGGGCCAGUGGGAUCUAUAACGAGAAAUACCUAGGAAAUGAUCCCGGCUGGAUGGAUCAUAGCCGUGACAUGCUGCUCAUGAUCAACCACUUUCGCAAAGAGAUGCCGCAGCCCAUAAUGGGUGUCGGGCAUAGCCUUGGGACUACACAAUUAAUAUUCCUGUCCAUGUUGCAUCCGCGCCUUUUUACUGGUCUCAUCAUCAUCGAGCCAUUUUUCGCCCCCAAUAUGGACAAGAACGACUCCCCGCUUCUCGUCUUGUUGGCUCUAAGUAAAAAGGAUGUCUGGCCAUCACGUCAAGUGGCUGCGGAGAAGGCUCGCAAGGUCUUUCCUCACUGGGACCCGCGCGUCUUUAGUCGCUGGGUUCAAUACGGUUAUCGUGAUCUUCCAACUCUUCUCUACCCGGAGACAGAAAAUGGAACCUCGGGUACCGCAGUGACUUUGUCGACGACUAAACACCAGGAAGUUCUCAUGUACACGCGGCCCAAUCUUGAUCGGCACCAAGAGCUUGGUUUGCCUCAAACAGGUGAGGACGAUGAGCGUCCCCCGCCCCAUGAUCCUCUGUUCUUCCCGGACAUCCUGGGUAAAUUGCCCAAGGGGUAUCAAUUCUAUCGAUAUGAGUCCAUUUUAGCGUGGAGAAUGCUGCCACAUCUGAGACCAAGUGUUCUCUAUAUUGGAGGGUCCAAGGGCACCAUGGAGAAGUCAGGAACGUUGCUUAGAGGGGCAAAGCGGACAGGUACACGGUGGGGAGGAAGUGGUGGUAUGGAAUAUGAUCGGGUAAAGCACAUUACGGUAGAAAACGCGGGGCACGAUGUACCCUUGCAAAAAAUUACCGAGACUGCUGACGCGAUGGCUUUGUGGAUCGCACAAGAAGUGGAGAGGUGGAGGGACAACGAGAGGCGAAUUGCUGCUGGAUGGGAUGGGCUUUCUGCCAGGGAGAAGGCGGUUUUUCCAGAUGAGUGGAAGGACGCGCUCAAAGCGACGCCUAUGGGUCCGUGGGCCAAAAAAAUCUUGUCCAAGCUGUAG